GAGGGUCUCUUCUGAACCACAGGAAAAAAAACAACUGUACAUAGUCUUUUCCCCUUUUACAUCUCCUUCUAAUUUUCACCUCUGCUUCAAACUGACAUUUCUUACUUCUACAUAACACACAUUGCAAAUUAGCAAUUCAAUUUGAGAAAAAAAUAAUAAUAAUCAAGAACAAGAGAAAAAGAAAGAAAAGAAAUGAAAAAGCACCAACUCUCAACAUUAGUGAAAUAAAGUCCUUUUCUUUCUUGUCCCCACUUGGCCAUUUCUCUCACGCUUCAAAUCAUGUAGUUUUCAUAAACCCCUUUAAAUGCUUUCAAGUACUUUCCCCUUUUUCCUCAAUCUUUAAGCUGAAAAACAAAUUUUUCUGCUAAAAAAAUGUCAACUUUAGACACUGUUAACACUGACACAGAAGCAAAUGUUAAUGUUGGUGGUGAUAAUGCUGAGCUCCGCCGUCAUCGCCGCCGUCAACGCCGCCGUCGCCGUCGCCGGAGACCAUCCAUUGCCGGUAGCAGUGAGACAACUACUGAUGGGAGUUUCCGGUUUUCGGAUUCCGAUUCUGAUCAGUCUUGGCACUCAGUGGCAGGUGGUGGGUCCUACCGUUAUGAAGAAUGUGGGUCCUCUACGAGGAGGUCUGAGGGUAAUUUGGUCAAAAAAAGAGGGACUUGUGAGUUGCCUGAUGAUGAUGAAGAGAUUGAUUUGGAAUGUGGUGAAUUGGAGUUGAAGGUGCAUAAUAGUAAUAAGAAAGAAGACAAGAGUUGUAGGAUUUGUCAUUUGAGUUUGUUGAAAUGUGGUGGUAUUGGUGAUGAUGACCAAUUAUUAGAGCCUUCUGGUGGAAUGGCUAUUGAAUUGGGCUGUUCUUGUAAAGGUGAUUUGGCUGCUGCUCAUAAGCAGUGUGCUGAAACUUGGUUCAAAAUUAAGGGAAACACGAUUUGUGAAAUCUGUGGUGCAACGGCGAUAAACAUUAUUGGAGGGCAGGCAAGUGAAGCCAGCAAUGCUACAAUAACCACAAUUGGAGCACCGAGUGCACCUGUAGUCCUUUCUGAAACCCGAAGAUUCUGGCAUGGACGCCGCGUCAUGAAUUUCCUGCUUGCAUGCAUGAUUUUUGCCUUUGUCAUUUCUUGGCUAUUUCACUUCAAAAUCUUCCCCUGAAUCUUGUUUAAGAUAGUCCUGGCAGGACUUGUUUUGAGUGACAUCAUUAAGUACUCAACCCUGGGCAAUUUAUGAUGUAGAGUUAUAUUUGGGCUGAGGAAUUUUCAGCUAUUAUUUGAAUUGCGGAGUAAUAGAUUUAUAUCCAAGGUAAAGUAGCAUUUAUACAGGUCAUGCACUUCUCAAGAGUGUUCAUCUGCAAUGCUUAUUUGGGAAAAUGACUUGUAACUGGGAAUGCAAGAGACGAAGACAACCAGUGACUUAUUUGUUCAUGAAUCAUCAUCAGGAGAGAAUUCUUCCCAGCUAGGAGCGAAUUAUCCUCCAUAUCCAUGUUUAUAUCUUCUAUGUAUCCAUGUUCCAAAUUAAGCGUUAUUGCUCUUUUUGUACAAAUAUCUCAUAUUGCUUAGUUGUUUGACUAUGUUUUCGUGCUCUAAGUGUGUUCCAGUCAACACCCUUUCUUCUGAUAUAUAUCGCCUGUGUCCCCUUGUAAAUGAUCCGCAUCUCAAAAACUGCCAACCAUUUGUUGAGUGUUGUUUUAUAUUUGAUCAGACUGUAAAACGACAUUGUGGAUUUUAGUCAACUUUUGAAAGUUCUGAACUACCGAUACUUUAUAUGCUAUUAUGGAUUUGAAAACCUUCGAAAAUCCAUCAAGAGCUUAAGGAGCCUCAAGAGAUCCAUUGAAGAUCUGAAGGUCCACAAUGUGGCUAUCAUGGAUUUGGAAAACAAGAGAAAUUUGGGUGAGGUUAUUUCUUAUUGCAACUGUAACAAUCCGGUAAUUGUUAGUUUUAAUUAACCCCUAGUAGAAAUAGCUUUUGUCUGUCUUCAGUUGAGGUAGAUUGUUUUGGAUGAAUAUUGUUCUCUUUGAGAGAUUGAAGGUGGAAAUCCAGUCCAUACUUGUUGAUAAGCAUGUUGAAUAUAAGGAUUUUCUUGCUGCCUAAA